GCCAUAAUCCGAUUGUCAAAGUGACAGCUAGCAUCAGUUUUGGAGGGAAUUACAAUAAUUGUUGCAUUUUUCGCCAUUGACGAGUCGUAAUCUUCUAGUUUAAUUUUAAGUAAAUUAUCAAUUAAAGUGAUUCAAUUCUGCGCAAAUGGCGCAGCCAUCGGUGACACAGUAUUUCAAUUCACGUAAGCGUUCAGCCGCCGACGAUGUGUGUACGAGAAAAAGUAAAAUAAUCCAUUUGGAAGACGGCGGCCACGACAACCAAGCAAAUUUUCUUAAUGACAAAAAAGUCUUGUUGAACGAAUUGACGACCAUCGAACCGAAGGCUUCACCACGCUUACAUGCCAAUACUAAAAACAAAACUGUGUCGGGCUUGAUUGCCGACGGUCGAAAAACCAUAGCAACUAGACGACGAUCUUGCAUUAAGCGAUCCGAUCCACAGAAGGCUGAAUCCAAUCAACCAAAAAUCGUUCGAUUCACACUUGCUGGCGCUCUGUCGCCCAAGAAAAAGCAAAAAGAUGAAGCCAAAUUGUCGGCUGUGUUUGGGAACUUGGAAAAUGUUGUUCGCAAGGAAGUGGACUUGCAUACACCGACUAAGGAACAGCAAUUGGCUGAAGCGAAAGCCGAACAGGACAAACAAGCCGUGUUGAAUAUGUCGCUCGGAGACAUUAAAAAGAAAAUUAUCAAGAGCGACCGAUUGAAAGACCUUAAAGAGUCACUGAACAAACUGCGGUCAAUGGAGGAAACCCGACAGAAGUGCAUCAAACAGAAUGGAUCAGUGUCUAGUAACUUCGAACGAGACCCAGCGUUGCCGCCAGUGACACAAAAAAUCGAUGGAACGUUAGGAGGGAAUUUGAAGAAAUUCGAUCACAUCGAAUUGGAAGUACUUUCCAGCCCGAAAAAAGGAUUAUGCACUCCGACCAAGCCAAUGCUUGCAUCGCCUUUCGCCGAUGGUCGAAGCAAAGAAUUGAUGUCACCGGUUACACCGCGACGAUUGUUCAGCCCAACCAAAGAAUCGCCAUCGAAAACGUUGCCAGCCUACCAACGAUUCCAAUCGCUAACGGAAAGUGGUCGUCCCACGCUUCAAUUGCCAUACAAGUAUCGCUGUUUGGCCGAAACGUUCAAAUGUGUCGACACCGUGUGCUCGAUGUUUUUCAAUCGACGCGAAGCGAUUACCAUGAAAAAGCUGAAACCAGCUGUUCAACGCAUGAUGCGAAAGAAUUUCUCCGAAACGUCACUGGCUCAAAUCAACCAUUUGUAUCCCGAAGCCUAUAAAUUUUCCCAGAAGAAAACGUCGAAUCCGGGUUCACUGACGAAAUACGACUAUUAUCAAUUGGUGAUCAUACCAAAUGUGACCGAAAGUAGUGCAACUGUUACCAAUACGACCAACAAUGACGACAUUAUUAAGUCAGGCCAGCAAAAAUCGAUGAACCCUCAAGUGAUGAUUGAGCGGCAACAGCACUUUCACAAAUUGUUGUUAGAUAUUGUAAAGGCUGAACAUAACAAAUUUCUGCAAAACCUCAAUCCACCGAUGAACAUCAAUCCGGACAAAGUAACGCGUUGGCAUCCUGAAUUCGAUUUGCAAAGCUGUCCGGACGUAGCUCAAAGAGAAUUGCCGCAGCCACCAAACGUUGAAAAGUUUUCUUCAGCCAAAGACAUUUUGUCAACCGCUCGUAACUUGUUCGAUUGUGCUACACCGAAGGAACGAAUGAUGCAACGCUACGAGGCAAAGCAAAAGUUGGAAAAGAAACCGGAACUUGUGGAACCGAAAGCUUACGAUCCAGUCGCCACUGUUCUGAAAGGUGUUCCAAAAUCACUGAUCGAACGGAUUCGUGCUCGUCAGGCAGCUAAGGCCUUAGAUUCGAUGACACGUCGGCCGUCGCAGGACCAGGAGAGUAAUAAUUUUGCAAGACUGCCCGAUUUGGCGCGACACAUCCGGAACAUUUUCGUAACGGAGAGUAAGGGUGUGCUGGAUUUGGAUUUUGUUUUAACAAAACUUGAAAACAGCUACCGUGAACGCAUUCCCCGUAAUGAUAUGAAAGACCUGCUCCAAUUGCUGGCCAAAGAGACACCGACUAAUUGGCUAACAUUUCCACAUCUACGGGACAGAGAUUUCCUGAAGGUAAACAAAAGCGUGGACUUGAGUGAAAUCAUUAAGCAAUUGGAAGCUAAGGCUGAAGAGAAACGCUGAACAUAGAACGUAGAACAUUGUUUAAGACAUUAAGUUUUAAUUAUCACUUUUUAAGUUUGGUUGAGUGAACUUUUUUUUAAAGGUUGUUCAGCUGUUGAAUUCUGUUUCUGUUUGAGAAUAAACGGCACUUUUGACCAUGUUUUAAACGAUAAUUUUGGAA